AAAGGCGGCCGCGGCCUCGCUGUAGCCCGUCCUUCUGCCUUCACGUUUCUGCAGGGACGCCGUCAGCUCCAGUGCCGCCGCCAUGGCCAUCGACGCGUUUUUGGGUAAAUGGUGCCUCGUCUCCAGCGAGGGCUUCGAGGAGUAUAUGAAGGAGCUGGGUGUGGGCAUGGCUAUGAGGAAAAUGGGAAGCAUGGCCAAACCAGACGUUUACAUUAUAAAGGAUGGGGACACAAUCACCGUGAAAACAGAAAGCACCUUCAAAACUUCACAGUUCAGCUUCAAGCUUGGUGAGAAAUUUGAGGAAAAUACAUUAGAUGGCAGGAAAACUCAGACCCUUGUCAGCUUAAAAGAUGAUGGGUCGUUGAUCCAAGAGCAGGAAUGGGAUGGCAAGAAGACCACAAUAACAAGGAAGCUAGUGGAUGGACAAUUGGUGGUGGAAUGUGACAUGAAUGGUGUCAAGUGUGUUCGAGUCUACCAGAAAGCAUGAGGACAUCUUCAGGUUCAGUAGGAACUUGCUGCAAACAACUCAGUUCAGUGGACAGAGCUCCCUUUCACUCCAUAUUUUCCUUUUCCCUGUUUUCUAGUAUUUCAAUGAACUGAGUAGCUGAGUGCAAUUCUUUUUAAAGGCCGUGAUGUAACUAUUAUGUAACUACUCUGAAGUUAGGCUAUUAAAUAAAAUUGUUGAAUAUAUGAAGUGGAAAUGUUGUUACUACAGUGGAAUUUUUAAGUGAGGUUUCCUAAAAACCCAAUUUGUUUUAGGCUCUUCUACAAUCUGCCUUCAGCACAAGACAAUAUAUUGCAAACAUCCCUACUCUCUAAGGUAGAAAAAACGUUCAAAGUUUGGGCUGUGGAGUUGUUCCAAUUUCAAAUUUUACUAACUUCCAUUCCAAGUAAAUAGAACUGGGUGGGUAUAAAUACAAAAUAAACUAAAUUAGUGUUUAAAUAGAGGAAUGGAUUUGCAGGGUUAGUUUGGUGGGUUUUUUUGUUUCAAAUCCAGCUUUCUUCAUCUCAAUAUGUGUAUACCAAUAAGUCAAUGAACAUGAUAAAUCUAAGCAAGCACAUACACACUUUCUUGAAAAGAAGUCUUAUUUUAAGAAGACUUUUCCUGGCAAAACUUAUUCCCUGUCUAGUAACAUUCUAAAAAUUCUUAACCAAAAUCUUCUGAAAUACUGCCUAAAACACAGAGCCUCAUUUUUAAAUAAAAUUUGUUUGAAACAUGUAGCAAUGGAGUUUAUAUGCUUUGAAGUGCCAUAAUAAAUAAUCAGAAAUA